AUGAUUAGUUCUCCAAAGUACUAUGUAGCCAGUCCAGGUAUCGGGUACGAAUUCACACGGCAGUUACUCUUGGCACAUCCCCACAACAUCGUCUUCGCAACUUAUAGAUCUUUUGAAACGCCACAGGCCUUGUACGAUCUCGCCAAGGCACUUAAGGAUCCGUCUAAAUUACGGAUAUUGAGGUGUGAUUUUACGGAUGAGCAGACUCUCAAGGAUCUCUGUAAUAUACCUCAGUUGAUGAAGCAGAUUAUCGAAGCUGUAAUCAUUAAUGAUGGAGGCAUGGAUUGA